AUGCAGAGCCGGGCCGCCCGCACCCCUCUCCCAACGCCGCCGCUGCUGCUGCUGGUACUGCUGCCGCCACUACUGGGAGACCAAGUGGGGCCCUGUCGUGCCCUGGGAUCCGGAGGACGCGGCUCCUCAGGGGCCUGCAGCCCCAUGGGCUGGCUCUGUCCAGCUUCACCCUCUGAUCUAUGGCUCUGGACCAGCCGCUGCAGGGAUUCAGAGACUGAGAUAACUGGCCACCUGGUGCCCCACCACGAUGGCCUGAGGCUCUGGUGUCCAGUAUCCGGGAGUCAUAUCCCAAUGCCACCAGACCCUGAAGGCUGCCCCUGGAACUGUAGCUUCCUGGGCACUGGAGGCCACGUUUCCCCACAGGGCACGUUCAUCGUGAGCCAGGAACACCCUUGCUUAAAGGCCCCACGGUUCAGAUGCUACUCUUGUAAGCUAGCACAAGCCCCAGGGCUCAGGGAAGGGGAAGGGUCACCAGAAGAAUCUAUGAGCGGGCGCCGGAAAAGGAAUGUGAAUACAGCCCCCCAGUUCCAGCCCCCCAGUUAUCAGGCAACAGUGCCUGAGAACCAGCCAGCAGGUACCCCUGUUGCAUCCCUGCGGGCCAUCGACCCAGAUGAGGGUGAGGCAGGUCGACUUGAGUACACCAUGGAUGCCCUCUUCGAUAGUCGCUCCAACCAUUUCUUCUCCCUGGACCCAAUCACGGGUGCUGUAACCACAGCUGAGGAGCUGGAUCGGGAGACCAAGAGCACCCAUGUCUUCAGGGUCACGGCACAGGACCACGGCAUGCCCCGACGAAGUGCUCUGGCCACACUUACCAUAUUGGUGACUGACACCAAUGAUCAUGACCCUGUUUUUGAGCAGCAGGACUACAAAGAGAGCCUCAGGGAGAACCUGGAGGUUGGCUAUGAGGUACUCACUGUCAGGGCCACAGAUGGUGAUGCCCCUCCCAAUGCCAAUAUUCUGUACCGCCUGCUGGAGGGGCCUGGGGGCAGUCCCUCUGAAGUCUUUGAGAUUGACCCUCGCUCUGGGGUUAUCCGAACCCGUGGCCCUGUGGAUCGGGAAGAGGUGGAAUCCUACCAGUUGACAGUGGAGGCUAGUGACCAGGGUCGGGACCCAGGUCCACGGAGUGCCACAGCUGCUGUUUUCCUGUCCGUGGAGGAUGACAAUGACAAUGCCCCCCAGUUUAGUGAGAAACGCUAUGUGGUCCAGGUUCGUGAGGAUGUGACCCCAGGGGCCCCAGUACUCCGGGUCACAGCCUCGGAUCGAGACAAGGGCAGUAACGCUUUGGUGCACUACAGCAUCAUGAGUGGCAAUGCUCGGGGACAGUUUUAUCUGGAUGCCCAGACUGGGGCUCUGGAUGUGGUGAGCCCUCUUGACUAUGAGACAACCAAGGAGUACACACUCCGGGUGCGAGCACAGGAUGGCGGCCGUCCUCCACUCUCCAAUGUCUCCGGCCUGGUGACAGUGCAGGUCCUGGAUAUCAAUGAUAAUGCCCCAAUCUUCGUUAGCACCCCCUUCCAGGCUACUGUCCUGGAGAGUGUCCCCUUAGGCUACCUGGUUCUCCAUGUUCAGGCCAUUGACGCUGAUGCUGGUGACAAUGCCCGCCUGGAAUACCGUCUUGCUGGGGUUGGGCAUGACUUCCCCUUCACUGUCAAUAAUGGCACAGGUUGGAUCUCUGUGGCUGCUGAGCUGGACCGGGAGGAAGUUGAUUUCUACAGCUUUGGGGUCGAAGCCAGAGACCAUGGCACCCCAGCGCUCACUGCUUCAGCCAGUGUCAGUGUGACCAUCCUGGAUGUCAAUGACAACAACCCAACCUUUACCCAACCAGAGUACACAGUGCGACUCAAUGAGGAUGCAGCUGUGGGCACCAGCGUGGUGACAGUGUCGGCCGUGGACCGUGAUGCCCAUAGUGUCAUCACCUACCAGAUCACCAGUGGCAACACCCGCAACCGCUUCUCCAUCACCAGCCAGAGUGGUGGUGGGCUGGUGUCCCUUGCCCUGCCACUGGACUACAAACUUGAGCGGCAGUAUGUGCUGGCUGUUACUGCCUCUGAUGGUACGCGGCAGGACACAGCACAGAUUGUGGUGAAUGUCACCGAUGCCAACACCCAUCGUCCAGUCUUUCAGAGCUCCCACUAUACAGUGAAUGUUAAUGAAGAUCGGCCAGCAGGCACUACAGUGGUGCUGAUCAGUGCCACAGAUGAGGACACAGGUGAGAAUGCCCGCAUCACCUACUUUAUGGAGGACAGCAUCCCCCAGUUCCGCAUUGAUGCAGACACCGGGGCUGUCACCACCCAGGCUGAGCUGGAUUACGAAGACCAGGUGUCUUACACCCUGGCCAUCACCGCUCGGGACAAUGGCAUUCCCCAGAAGUCUGACACCACCUACCUGGAGAUCCUGGUGAAUGAUGUGAAUGACAAUGCCCCUCAGUUCCUGCGGGACUCCUAUCAGGGGAGCGUCUAUGAGGAUGUGCCCCCCUUCACCAGUGUUCUGCAGAUCUCCGCCAAUGAUCGUGACUCUGGCCUUAAUGGCAGGGUCUUCUACACCUUCCAAGGAGGCAAUGAUGGAGAUGGUGACUUUAUCGUAGAGUCCACUUCAGGCAUUGUGAGAACGCUGCGGAGGCUGGAUCGUGAGAAUGUGGCCCAGUACAUCUUGCGGGCAUAUGCAGUGGACAAGGGGAUGCCCCCAGCCCGCACACCCAUGGAAGUGACAGUCACUGUGUUGGAUGUGAAUGACAAUCCACCUGUCUUUGAGCAGGAUGAGUUUGAUGUGUUUGUGGAGGAGAACAGCCCCAUAGGGCUGGCUGUGGCCCGGGUCACAGCCACUGACCCUGAUGAAGGCACCAAUGCUCAGAUCAUGUACCAGAUCGUGGAGGGCAACAUCCCUGAGGUCUUCCAGCUGGACAUCUUCUCCGGCGAGCUGACAGCCCUGGUGGACUUAGAUUACGAGGACCGGCCUGAAUACAUCCUGGUCAUCCAGGCCACAUCAGCUCCCCUGGUGAGCCGGGCUACAGUCCAUGUCCGCCUCCUUGACCGCAAUGACAACCCACCUGUGCUGGGCAACUUUGAGAUCCUUUUCAACAACUAUGUCACCAACCGUUCAAGCAGCUUCCCCGGGGGUGCCAUUGGCCGCGUGCCUGCCCAUGACCCUGACAUCUCAGAUAGCCUGACUUACAGCUUUGAGCGGGGAAAUGAACUCAGCCUGGUCCUGCUCAAUGCCUCCACGGGAGAGCUAAAGCUGAGCCGGGCACUGGACAACAACCGGCCUCUGGAGGCCAUCAUGAGUGUGCUGGUGUCAGACGGCGUGCACAGUGUGACGGCCCAGUGCGCACUGCGCGUCACCAUCAUCACAGACGAGAUGCUUACACACAGCAUCACGCUGCGCCUGGAGGACAUGUCGCCCGAGCGCUUCCUGUCGCCUCUGCUGGGCCUCUUCAUCCAGGCCGUGGCCGCCACGCUGGCCACGCCCCCGGACCACGUGGUGGUCUUCAACGUGCAGCGGGACACCGACGCCCCCGGCGGCCACAUCCUCAACGUGAGCCUGUCGGUGGGCCAGCCGCCGGGGCCCGCGGGCGGGCCGCCCUUCCUGCCCUCCGAGGACCUGCAGGAGCGCCUGUACCUCAACCGCAGCCUGCUGACGGCCAUCUCGGCGCAGCGGGUGCUGCCCUUCGACGACAACAUCUGCCUGCGCGAGCCCUGCGAGAACUACAUGCGCUGCGUGUCGGUGCUGCGCUUCGACUCGUCCGCGCCCUUCAUCGCCUCGUCCUCCGUGCUCUUCCGGCCCAUCCACCCCGUCGGCGGCCUGCGCUGCCGCUGCCCUCCCGGCUUCACGGGCGACUACUGCGAGACCGAGGUGGACCUCUGCUACUCGAGGCCCUGCGGCCCCCACGGGCGCUGCCGCAGCCGCGAGGGCGGCUACACCUGCCUCUGCCGGGACGGCUACACGGGUGAGCAUUGUGAGGUGAGUGCCCGCUCAGGCCGUUGCACCCCGGGUGUCUGCAAGAAUGGGGGCACUUGCGUCAACCUGCUGGUGGGCGGUUUCAAGUGCGACUGCCCAUCUGGGGACUUUGAGAAGCCUUACUGCCAGGUGACCACACGCAGCUUCCCUGCCCGCUCCUUCAUCACCUUUCGCGGCCUGCGCCAGCGCUUCCACUUCACCCUGGCACUCUCGUUUGCCACAAAGGAGCGCGAUGGGCUGCUCCUGUACAAUGGGCGCUUUAACGAGAAGCAUGACUUUGUGGCCCUCGAGGUGAUCCAGGAGCAAGUCCAGCUCACCUUCUCUGCAGGGGAGUCGACCACCACUGUGUCCCCAUUCGUGCCUGGAGGGGUCAGUGAUGGCCAGUGGCACACAGUGCAGCUGAAGUACUACAAUAAGCCGCUGUUGGGCCAGACAGGGCUUCCGCAGGGCCCAUCUGAGCAGAAGGUGGCCGUGGUGACCGUGGAUGGCUGUGAUACAGGGGUGGCCCUGCGCUUCGGAACUGUGCUGGGCAACUACUCUUGUGCCGCCCAAGGCACCCAGGGUGGCAGCAAGAAGUCUCUGGAUCUGACAGGGCCGCUGCUGCUGGGUGGGGUGCCUGACCUGCCCGAGAACUUCCCUGUUCGAAUGCGGCACUUCGUGGGCUGCAUGAGGAACCUGCAGGUGGACAGCCGGCACGUGGACAUGGCCGACUUCAUUGCCAACAAUGGCACUGUGCCUGGCUGCCCCGCCAAGAAGAACGUGUGCGACAGCAACACUUGCCACAAUGGGGGCACCUGUGUGAACCAAUGGGAUGCGUUCAGCUGCGAGUGCCCCCUGGGCUUCGGGGGCAAGAGCUGUGCCCAGGAAAUGGCCAAUCCACAGCACUUCCUGGGCAGCAGCCUGGUGGCCUGGCAUGGCCUCUCCCUGCCCAUCUCUCAGCCCUGGCACCUCAGCCUCAUGUUCCGCACGCGCCAGGCAGAUGGCAUCCUACUGCAGGCUGUCACAAGGGGGCGCAGCACCAUCACCCUACAGCUGCGGGAGGGCCACGUGGUACUGAGCGUGGAGGGCACAGGCCUCCAAGCUUCAUCUCUCCGGCUGGAGCCAGGCCGGGCCAAUGAUGGCGACUGGCAUCAUGCACAGCUGGCACUGGGAGCCAGCGGGGGCCCUGGCCAUGCCAUCCUUUCUUUCGACUAUGGGCAGCAGAGGGCAGAGGGCAACCUGGGCCCCCGGCUGCAUGGACUGCACCUGAACAACAUCACAGUGGGGGGAGUGCCCGGGCCAGCCAGUAGUGUGGCCCGUGGUUUCCGGGGCUGUUUGCAGGGUGUACGGGUAAGUGAGACGCCUGAGGGUGUCAGCAGUCUGGAUCUCAGCCGCGGGGAAAGCCUCAACGUGGAGCAAGGCUGUAGCCUGCCAGACCCCUGCGACUCGAACCCGUGUCCUGCCAACAGCUAUUGCAGCAACGACUGGGACAGCUAUUCUUGCAGCUGUGAUCCAGGUUACUAUGGUGACAACUGUACUAACGUGUGUGACCUAAACCCUUGUGAGCACCUGUCUGUGUGUACCCGCAAGCCCAGUGCCCCCCACGGAUACACCUGCGAGUGUCCCCCAAAUUACCUCGGGCCAUACUGUGAGACCAGGAUUGACCAGCCUUGCCCCCGUGGCUGGUGGGGACACCCCACAUGUGGCCCGUGCAACUGUGAUGUCAGCAAAGGCUUCGACCCAGACUGCAACAAGACAAGCGGCGAGUGCCACUGCAAGGAGAACCACUACCGGCCCCCUGGCAGCCCCACCUGCCUCCUCUGUGACUGCUACCCCACGGGCUCUUUGUCCCGAGUCUGUGACCCUGAGGACGGCCAGUGUCCAUGCAAACCGGGCGUCAUUGGGCGCCAGUGUGACCGCUGUGACAACCCUUUUGCUGAGGUCACCACCAAUGGCUGUGAAGUGAAUUAUGACAGCUGCCCGCGGGCGAUUGAGGCUGGGAUCUGGUGGCCCCGGACCCGCUUUGGACUGCCUGCUGCUGCCCCCUGCCCCAAAGGCUCAUUUGGGACUGCUGUGCGCCACUGUGAUGAACACAGGGGGUGGCUCCCCCCAAACCUCUUCAACUGCACGUCUGUCACCUUCUCAGAACUGAAGGGCUUCGCUGAGCGACUGCAGAGAAAUGAGUCCGGCUUGGACUCGGGGCGCUCACAGCGGCUGGCCCUGCUCCUGCGCAAUGCCACACAGUACACGGCUGGCUACUUCGGGAGCGAUGUCAAGGUGGCCUACCAGUUGGCCACACGGCUGCUAGCCCACGAGAGCGCGCAGAGGGGCUUUGGGCUAUCUGCCACUCAGGAUGUGCACUUCACUGAGAAUCUGCUGCGGGUGGGCAGUGCCCUCCUGGACGCAGCCAACAAGCGGCACUGGGAGUUGAUCCAGCAGACGGAGGGUGGCACCGCCUGGCUGCUGCAGCACUAUGAGGCCUAUGCCAGUGCCCUGGCCCAGAAUAUGCGGCACACCUACCUCAGCCCCUUUACCAUCGUGACACCCAACAUUGUCAUCUCUGUAGUGCGCUUGGACAAGGGGAACUUCGCUGGGGCCAAGCUGCCCCGCUACGAGGCACUGCGUGGGGAGCGGCCCCCAGACCUUGAGACCACGGUCAUUCUGCCCGAGUCUGUCUUCAGAGAGAUGCCUCCUGUGGUCAGGCCCAAGGGCCCCGGAGAAGCGCAGGAGCCAGAGGAGCUGGCGCGGCGGCAACGGCGGCACCCAGAACUGAGCCAGGGUGAAGCGGUGGCCAGUGUCAUCAUCUACCGUACCCUGGCUGGGCUACUGCCUCACAACUAUGACCCAGAUAAGCGCAGCCUGAGAGUCCCCAAACGCCCAGUCAUCAACACGCCUGUGGUGAGCAUCAGUGUCCAUGACGAUGAGGAGCUUCUGCCCCGGGCUCUGGACAAGCCGGUCACGGUACAGUUCCGGCUGCUGGAGACAGAGGAGCGGACCAAGCCCAUCUGUGUCUUCUGGAACCACUCGAUCCUGGUCAGUGGCACGGGGGGCUGGUCAGCCCGAGGCUGUGAAGUCGUCUUCCGCAAUGAGAGCCACGUCAGCUGCCAGUGCAACCACAUGACAAGCUUCGCCGUGCUCAUGGACGUGUCCCGGCGGGAGAAUGGGGAGAUCCUGCCACUGAAGACACUGACGUACGUGGCCCUCGGGGUUACCUUGGCUGCCCUGCUGCUCACCUUCUUCUUCCUCACUGUCCUGCGUGUCCUCCGCUCCAACCAGCACGGCAUCCGACGGAACCUGACAGCUGCCCUGGCCCUGGCCCAGCUGGUCUUCCUCCUCGGAAUCAACCAGGCUGACCUCCCUUUUGCUUGCACGGUCAUCGCCAUCCUGCUGCACUUCCUGUACCUCUGCACCUUUUCCUGGGCUCUGCUGGAGGCCUUGCACCUGUACCGGGCACUCACUGAGGUGCGCGAUGUCAAUGCCGGCCCCAUGCGCUUCUACUAUAUGCUGGGCUGGGGCGUGCCAGCCUUCAUCACAGGUCUAGCUGUAGGCUUGGACCCUGAGGGCUACGGGAACCCUGACUUCUGCUGGCUCUCCAUCUACGAUACGCUCAUCUGGAGUUUUGCUGGCCCGGUGGCUUUCGCUGUUUCAAUGAGUGUCUUCCUAUACAUACUGGCGGCCCGGGCCUCCUGCGCUGCCCAGCGGCAGGGCUUUGAGAAGAAAGGCCCUGUCUCGGGCCUGCGGGCCUCCUUUGCUGUCCUCCUGCUGCUGAGUACUGCGUGGCUGCUGGCACUGCUCUCCAUCAACAGUGACACCCUCCUCUUCCACUACCUCUUCGCUGCCUGCAAUUGCAUCCAGGGCCCUUUCAUCUUCCUCUCCUACGUGGUGCUUAGCAAAGAGGUCCGGAAGGCGCUCAAGUACGCCUGCAGCCGCAAGCCCAGCCCUGACCCUGCUCUGACCACCAAGUCUACCUUGACCUCGUCCUACAACUGCCCCAGCCCCUACGCAGACGGGCGGCUGUACCAGCCCUAUGGAGACUCGGCUGGCUCUCUGCACAGUGCCAGCCGCUCAGGCAAGAGUCAGCCCAGCUACAUCCCCUUCUUGCUGAGGGAGGAGUCCACACUGAACCCUGGCCAAGGGCCACCUGGCCUGGGGGAACCAGGCAGCCUGUUCCUGGAAGGCCAAGACCAGCAGCAUGAUCCUGACACGGACUCCGACAGUGACCUGUCCCUGGAAGAUGACCAGAGUGGCUCUUAUGCCUCUACCCACUCAUCAGACAGCGAGGAGGAGGAAGAGGAGGGAGAGGAGGGGGCUGCCUUCCCUGGAGAGCAGGGCUGGGACAGCCUGCUGGGGCCUGGAGCCGAGAGACUGCCCCUGCACAGUACCCCCAAGGAUGGGGGCCCAGGGCCUGGGAAGGCCCCCUGGCCAGGAGACUUUGGGACCACAGCAAAGGAGAGUAGUGGCAACGGGGCCCCUGAGGAGCGGCCACGGGAAAAUGGAGACGCCCUAUCUCGGGAGGGGUCCCUGGGCCCCAUUCCGGGCCCUUCUGCCCAACCUCACAAAGGCAUCCUCAAGAAGAAGUGUCUGCCCACCAUCAGCGAGAAGAGCAGCCUCCUACGGCUACCCUUGGAGCAGGGCACAGGUUCUUCUCGGGGCUCCUCAGCCAGCGAGGGUAGCCGGGGCGGGCCUCCACCCCGCCCGCCGCCCCGGCAGAGUCUCCAGGAGCAGCUGAACGGGGUCAUGCCCAUUGCCAUGAGCAUCAAGGCAGGCACUGUGGAUGAGGACUCGUCAGGCUCAGAAUUUCUCUUCUUUAACUUCCUGCAUUAACCCUGGGCCAUGGCUCUUCCGCCUGAGGCUCCAUCCCUUCCCAGCUGCUCUCAUGCCUCACUUCUGUCUGUGCUUUGUCCCGCCCUGCUCCUGCCACCUGCCUGCAGCAGCGACGAAACGUCCAUCUGAGGAGCCUGGGCCCCUCCUGAGGCCACCUAGUGCCAACUCCCUCCCCCACCAUCCCUUUCACUGCACUUUGGACCCCUGGGGCCUACA